AUGGUCUGCUUCUUUGGCAUAUUCUCGGAGGAUUCAUAUAGCGGCGGUAGUGUUGUGUUGUUGUCUGCAUAUGGAUUCGAUUUGCGGGAUCCUUUCUUGAUCUGCGAAAAUGCAUUGACUUGGAUUUUCUCACAUAAAUCCAAACCAUCUGGCAUAGGCAAACAACUGUCUGCACAAAACUUGAAUAUGGCGUCUCCUCAGCCCCCCGUUGCGAACACAAAUGGUAGCUACCUUCAGCAGGCGGAUCCCCAGUCUUUUCAGGCAAACCCAACUGCUGGUACGGCACCCAACUACCAGACACAAAGCGGUGCUCCUCAACAGGCGUCUACCACCGAGUCUGUUCCUAAGGAUGAAGUUGGUUGGUAUUUCGUAGAGCAGUAUUAUACCACCUUGAACAAGACACCGGAGCGCCUCCAUCUGUUUUACAACAAGAAAUCUUCGUUCGUUUGGGGUACAGAAGGAGAGCUACUCCAGCUUGCUACCGGUCGCCCGGCCAUCCAAGAAAAAAUCCAGUCCUAUGAAUUUAAGGACUGUAAGGUCCGUGUCUCCAACGUCGACUCCCAGGCCUCUGCGGACAAUGGAAUCGUCAUUCAAGUUCUUGGUGAAAUGAGCAACAAUGGCUUGCCAAACCGCAAGUUCUCCCAAACCUUUUUCCUUGCGGAGCAACCUAACGGUUAUUACGUCUUGAACGACAUCUUCCGUUACUUGAAGGAUGAUGAGGACAUGGAGGAGGGAGAGGAUUACGAGGAGGGAGAAGUAGAAGAUAUCCUAGAAGACCCUGCUGUAGAAGCUGUGGUCAACGAGGCUGUUGAAAUUGCUGUUGAGGAAUUGGUCGAGGCCAUAGAGGAUCUGUCUACAAAGGAGACGGUGAAAACUGAGAUUGAGAUUGAGGACGACAAGAUCAAGGUUGAAGAGACCGUUACUGUUGAGCCGGCCCUGCCUGUUGCGGAAUCUCAAGAUGUCCCGCCUUCAGUUAACGGUAACGUUGAAUCUGUUAAUGGAGACGCUCCUGCGACUGAACCAGAGGCAAACCCAGAGCCUGAGGCAGAGCCAGAACCAGAACCAGAACCAGAGCCGCAGGUUGAGGAGCCCGCCCCAGCAGCGCCUGUUGUCGAAGCUGUGCCCACCCUAGUCGAGGAGAAGAAAGCAGCCCCCCCAGCUGUGAAGGAGCCUGAACGUGUCCCUACCCCCGUAGCGGUUCCAAAGACAGUACCGACCCGCGGUCCCUGUUGCACCAGUUACUCCUGCUCCGAGUGUUCAAACCCAAGCAACAUCUACUCCUUCUGCCCCUCUGCCGCUGCUAGUACCGCUGCCGCCACUGCCACUGCCGCCACUUCACCAAGUGCUCCCGCAGCACCUACCGGUGGUUCCCAAUGGCAGACCGCUGACAGCAGCAAACGUCGAGCAGCCUCGAGUGCCAACUCUGCCAACCCAACAGCGGCACAAAUCAGGAACGUCCCCGAGAGUAUUACCCAACAGGCAUUGAGAGAUGCCCUAUCAAAAUUCGGAUUGAAGAGGUGUGAACUCAAUCGACCAAAGGGAUUUGCUACUAUUGAUUUUGAGGCCCACUCUGGAUUCGCUGCCGCUAUAGCAAACCCACUCAAAAUUGGCGAUGUCACUCUUAACAUCGAGGAACGGAUUAUCGAUCCAAUAGUCAGGGUGGACGCGGAGGAUUCACUCCUCGCGAAGGAGGCUACAAAAACGAAGGUCGUGGCGGAGCUCCCGGAGGAGGAAGAGGAGGCUCCAGGGGAGGGUCAUACCAAGCAAGAGGUGGUAUUAGGGCCGGCGGCGCGCCCACUGGCUCUAACUGAAAAUCCUCUACUCGACAUUGCGAUUUACAGUGAAAUUUUGAGCCAUACUGGAUUCAAUAGUGGUCUUGUGUGUUUGACCGUAAAAUAG